AUGCUGGUUGGCAUCCUAAAAGACUCUCAUUUUUCUCUGCUUCAAGAGGUGGAACCCACCAAUUCCACAUCAGUGACUGAGUUUGAGCUGGUUGGUUUCCUAGACCUACAGAAUUUUUACACACCCGUUAUUGUCAUCUUGCUGGUGAUUUACCUGCUUAUCCUCUGUGGCAACAGCAUCAUCUUUACCGUCAUCUAUGCUCACCCCCGCCUUCAUAUCCCCAUGUAUUAUUUUGUUGCUGUAUUGGCAGUCCUGGAGGUGUUCUACACCACAGUCACCAUGCCCAAAAUCCUAUUCGACCUUCUGAAAAGCACAAAAUCCAUCUCUCUCAAUGGCUGCCUUCUGCAAAUCUAUUUCUUCCAUGUACUGGGGAUCACAGAGGCCUGCCUGAUCACGGCCAUGGCUUACGAUCGGUACUUAGCCAUCUGCACCACAUUAAAAUAUUCUACCACGAUGACCACCAAACUUUGUUUCCAGCUCAUGUUGGGGUGCUGCACUUGUGGCUUAGCCUGCCCUUUGCCGGAAAUUAUCCUGACUUCCCACCUGCCAUUCUGUGGACCCGAUCGCAUCUGGCGUAUGUUCUGUGAUUUCCCUCCACUGAUCAGCCUGGCCUGCACAGACACCUCAAUCAGCAUCAUUGUUGACUUCUCCCUUCACUUGAUUGUCAUCCUCGGCCCUAUUUUUCUUAUCCUCCUCUCAUACGUGAAGAUCCUUAGAGUCGUCAUCAGGAUCAAGAGCUCAAAAGGGAGUCAGAAAGUCUUUUCCACCUGUGCCUCCCACCUCGUUGUGGUCCUUGCCUUCUUUGGAACCAUCAGUUUCAUGUACAUGCGCUUGACAUGGAUGGAGUCCUUGCGUUACAAUAGGAUCCUAGCAGUGAUCUACGCAGUUCUCUCCCCUCUCUUCAACCCUAUUAUCUAUAGUUUGAGAAACAAAGAAAUCAGAGAUGUGAUCAAGCAGAUCACCAGCUCUUCCCAUCUGUUCUGUUGUGAAAUGAAAUAG